CAGACAUUGAAAUGGGGAUGUGGUUGGCUUAACAGAGGACAGUGAAGAGUGAAAGAGAGAGGGGGUACUAAAGGAAACGGGGAACAUAUACAAAAUAAGAGAAAAAGAAAAGUUAAAAAACAGUGACUUCUGAUCGCCUGAAAAGACAGGAACUCAUCAGCUGCAGGGAUGUUGCUGAAUGACACAGAGCUCUUUGACAAUGACACCUUUUCCUGUGCCUCUCCCUCUGUGGAAGGCUACCGUUAUUUCGGCGUUCUGUGGGGAUCCAUUGUAACUAUAGUUGGAACUCUGGGUAAUGUUCUGACUGUGCUAGCCUUUGCCACAGACACCCGUCUGCGAACACGAUUCAACGUCCUCAUUGUAAACUUGGCUUUAGCUGACCUUCUCUACUGCACCAUUCUGCAGCCAGUCAGCAUUGACUCUUAUCUGCACCUGCACUGGAGGGGCGGGGCCUCCUGGUGUCGAAUGUUUGGGCUUCUCCUCUUCCUGUCCAAUAGUGUGUCCAUUAUUACAUUAUGCCUCAUCGCAGCCAGCAGAUACUUGGUAGUUGCUCACAGGACAUCCCGCGUGUCUCGCUUGCUGCUGUCACGCACUGGUGUAGCUGUGCUCUUGGUCAGCUCCUGGGCGCUGGGACUGGCCAGUUUCGGCCCCCUUUGGCCUGUCUAUGUAUUCACACCACAAGUGUGCACCUGCAGCUUCCAUCGCACCAAGGGCCGCCCCUACACCACUGUUCUCCUCUUCCUCUACUUCUUUCUCGGACUAGGCUUUGUUGGCCUUUUCUAUUUUCUGAUCUAUCGUAAGGUGCGCUUGGCUGCCAAGGCGCUGAUCAAAUACAGGCCCAGCCGGCGUUCCUCAAGGCGCAAACGUCUGGAGGCUGAAGGGACCGACGACAGUGGGAUCGGUGUCCUGACCACAACAACUCAAAGCUGUGAAAUCAGUGACCAAGCAGUACAGGAAAUACAUCAAUACAAGAGUGAUGAGACGGAAAAGCCCGAAAUGAUCUCCACCAUCACCCCUGUCUCUCAGCAGACCACAGGUGAAAGGUCUGAGGAAUCUUCAUAUGGAGUAAAUAAGGAAUCAUCUAAAGUCCCUGCUCAAGCUCCAGCCCCAACACACGCUGCUACAUCACCAUCCACGCCACAGGACAACGAAUUCAAACGUGUAACCCGGAUGUGCUUCACUGUCUUCUUAUGCUUUGUCGGCUGCUUCGUACCCUUCAUUCUCCUGAACAUCGCAGACAAGAACAACAGAGCUCCACAGGUGGCCCACAUGUUCUGUGCUAAUCUUACAUGGCUUAACAGCUGUAUCAACCCACUGCUGUAUGCAGCCAUGAACCGGCAGUUCAACCAGGCCUACCGAGACCUGCUGUCCAGAGCUUUCUGGCCACUAGCUUCCCUAUGGAGAAAACAAUGAAGCACACCUAGCUAAUGCUUCCUCAUUUUCCUUCCUGCUUCAUGCCUAAUGCUGGACAUUGUCGAACUGGAAACUGGAAUCUAAUGCUAAGCUAAUGCUAAUGUUAAGACUGCUUCCUCCAAAAGCUUUUUUCUUGCUAUCAGAGAACAUAAGACGUGUCCACCUCACAUUUCUUCUUUACAUUUGAAUGUGAUUAUUAUUAGUUAAAGAUGAUUAUGAAUUGUAUUUAUUUUUCUAUAUCGUUCUAUGCACAAACGCACAAAAGUGUACGUUCUCCAACCACAAACCUCUCCAGCCAUAUACUGUAUUUAUAGAUGCAAAUGAAACUACAUUUGGCUGUCAUUUGCACACACACACAUUCACACACACACACACACACACACACACACACACAGAUAAAAUGUAAUGUUCAAUAUUAUUUGUAAAAUAUUUUGUAAACUUUGUCUUAUAUUUUUAUGAAGGAACAAUGAAAACCAUACUGUAUGUUUUUACACAAUACAAUAAUACAAUUUGUAGUUAAAAAUAUAUUCAAUUGAAUUAAAUUUGAAAACUGAAUAGUCAAACAUUGCUAUGUUUAGACUGCCCAAAGCUAAUUAUUGCCAUAUCUAGAUUGUAUCCAGAUAGAUUUUGUUAGUCUGAGCAGCUUGAAAGUGAAUUACUGACAGCAACCUUAUUACCACAGCAACCAUGGGAAAUACGUUUGUGAUCUUCAGACAUGCAAAUCCAAUCUGAUCACUUACAAAAACAGUCUGGAAAGACAUAUCAUUACAUCUGAUCUGAU